AUGGAUUAUGGAGGAAAGAUUGGUGGAAGUGAAAGAGGUGGGCCUUGUGGUGCCUGCAAGUUUCUGAGGAGAAAGUGUGUCAAGGGCUGCAUAUUUGCACCAUACUUUGACUCAGACCAAGGAACUGCACAUUUUGCUGCAGUGCACAAGGUGUUUGGUGCAAGCAAUGCCUCUAAGUUACUCAUGAGAAUCCCAGCACACAAACGUCUUGAUGCAGUUGUUACUCUAUGCUAUGAGGCUUUGGCUAGGGCUAGAGACCCUGUUUAUGGUUGUGUUGGUCACCUCUUUGCUCUUCAACAACAGCUUUUGGACAAUUUUUCCAUGGAAGCCAUACACUACUUAAUUAGAACGCCCCCUACAAGUGUCAUGAACUUGCAGGCUGAGUUAACCUAUGUCCAAGCCCGUCUUGCCACAAUGCAGCGCAUGCCAAUGGCAGUAGCUCCUCUACCACAUCCUCAAAGCUCUCCACCACCAACCCUUCCUUCCUCAGAUAAUAUGCCAUCAAACGCUGACAUGCAAAGUGUUCCUAUUAUGCACUAUGACCCUCUUCAACCACAUUCAGCAUCAUUAGAGUUAAGCAGCAUCCUUUUCAAUCAAUCAGACCAACAACUGGAGGAUAGGGAACUCCAAGGUUUGGCUAGAGAAUUUGUGACCAAAUACUUGCCUGGAGUAAGAUUCCAGCAGUCUAACUCUCCCUAA